UUUUGAUCACUUUCAAUCCAAACUUAGCUCUCUUUUCUAGCAACUUUCCUCUCCCAAAAAAAUAUGGGUUUUGAUUCAUUGUCUGUGCAAUCCAUGUCCAGUACUUUUUGCAUUUUGUUCUUCUCUUUCACCUUCCUUUUCUCUUUGUUUUCUUUGUUGCUCUUCAUCUCGAGGCUUAAGCCGUGGUGUAACUGCGAGGUUUGUCGAAGUUACUUGUCGUUGAGUUGGGCUAAAGAGUUUGGCAAUCUGUGUGAUUGGUACACACAUCUUCUCCGGAAAUCGCCGACUGGGACUAUUCACGUUCAUGUCCUCGGCAACACUAUCACGGCCAACCCAGAAAACGUUGAGCACAUUCUCAAAACCAGGUUUGACAAUUACCCUAAAGGCAAACCGUUCUCGGUUAUUCUUGGUGACCUUUUGGGUCGCGGAAUUUUCAAUGUGGAUGGAGAUUCUUGGAAGUUACAGCGCAAAAUGGCGAGUCUUGAACUCGGAAGCGUCUCUGUUCGAUCCUAUGCGUUCGAGAUUGUCACUUCCGAGAUCCAAUCCAGACUCAUUCCACUCUUGUCAUCGUUUGCUGCUGCUGGUCAAGAAGACAAAGUCUUGGACUUGCAAGACGUGUUUCGCCGCUUCUCUUUCGACAAUAUUUGUAAGUUUUCCUUUGGAUUAGACCCAGGUUGUCUUCAAUUAUCGUUUCCUAUAUCGAAUUUCGCAGCAGCAUUCGACCUCGCGUCGAAAUUGUCAGCGGAGCGAGCCAUGUCUGCCUCACCAAUAAUCUGGAAGUUCAAAAGGUUUCUCAAUUUGGGCUCAGAGAAGAAGCUCAAAGAAGCCAUCAAAACGAUCAACACCUUCGCUACAGAGAUGAUAAAUCAACGCCGGGAAAUGGGGUUUUCGAAUCACAAAGACUUGCUAUCAAGAUUCAUGGCCUCCAUCGACGACGAUAACUAUCUCCGCGACAUUGUCAUUAGCUUCUUAUUAGCUGGGCGUGACACAGUGGCUUCGGCAUUAACGAGUUUCUUCUAUUUAUUAUCACAGCACCCACAUGUUGAGGCAGCGAUUCGGAACGAGUUGGAGCGAGUCAUUGGGUCAUCGAGUCCUCAUCAGAAACAAGUUGUGAGCUUAGAGCAAAUGCGUGAAAUGCAUUACCUAAACGGUGCUAUAUAUGAAAGCAUGAGGCUGUACCCACCAAUUCAAUUUGACUCCAAGUUUUGCCAAGAGGAUGAUAUAUUACCCGAUGGUACUUUUGUACAAAAGGGCACAAGGGUUACGUACCAUCCUUAUGCAAUGGGUCGGAUGGAGCGGGUUUGGGGUCCGGAUUGUCUCCAAUUCAAACCCGAAAGGUGGCUACACAAUGGGGUUUUCCGACCCGAAAGCCCGUAUAAGUACCCAGUUUUUCAGGCUGGGCUUAGGGUUUGUUUGGGCAAGGAAAUGGCUCUUGUGGAGAUGAGAAGUGUGGUGGUUUCUCUAGUUCAACAAUUUGAUAUUCGGGUUGCGGAUCCAAAUCAGGCUCCGAGGUUCGCUCCGGGUCUCACUGCCACUGUUAGAGGCGGCCUACCAGUUCUAGUUCAACAUAGGGGGACUCAUUAAUUAAGGACUUGGCCUUAAAAUCACACUGUAAAGGACUUGCAUGUAUGUUUUUUCUUUUUUAGGCUAGCCAGGAGGCAGUAAACAAAUGCUAUGAAGUUCUGUAAGGACUUGAAUCAAUGUAUGUAUGUAGAUUUUGCUAAAUUAUCCAUUGAUUAGUUCAAUGUU